AUGCCUUCUGUAAGUGUAAAAGUUACAUUAAGUAGUAGAAAAGAAAUACUUAGAUGGCAGAUACAUCUUGUUAUUGAAAAUCCUUCAUUGUAUGAUUUUUUUCCAAAAGUAGGAAAUUCGAUAAAAAGGGAGUUUGUUGAUGUUAAUAUUCAAUGUGAGCUUAAUGAAAUUUUACAGACUUUUGGGAAUUUUAUUUUAUUUGAGUUACAAAUUCCAGAAGACUAUCAACCAUCUUCUAUACAAAGAGAAAACAAUGCAUUUAAAAAAGGAAAACUUGCUGCAGAAUCAACAGGAAAAUCUUUUAUAAAUUAUUUAUGGAAUUCUAUAUGGUAUGUAGAUAUGUGUGGUGUUGAAAAAUUAAAAGGAAGGUCAAUAUAUCCCUCUAAAGAAUUUGAAGAAUUUUUUAAUAGAUCAGAUCCAUCAAACUAUAAAAAUGCUAGGCCAAAGUUUAAUUAUGAUUGUUUAAAUCGACAUGCAAAUUUACUUUUUGGACAUUUGAAUACGCCAUAG